AUGUCGGAUUAUUUCUCAAAAGCGGCUGCAUUCGCGCAAAAUGCAGCAAAAUUAUCUAAAAAAGUUUCGGAAGGGAUUGUUGAAAAUGCGCGUGAAUUUGGAUUGGAAGCAACUUCCUCGGGGCAUUAUUUUGACACCUCAGAAGAAAAAAUGAGAGAUAUAAAACGACAAUUAGAUUCAAGGCAUGACAGAGAGAAAAUGGAUGGGUUGAAAAGGUUGAUUGCGAUGAUAUCUAAAGGUCGCGAUGUAUCCGAAUUCUUUCCUGAUGUUGUAAAAAAUGUAGCAUCCCAGAAUCUUGAAAUUCGAAAGCUAGUUUAUAUAUAUCUACUCCGAUAUGCUGAACAAGAACCUGACCUUGCACUCUUGUCAAUUAACACUUUUCAAAGAGAUUUAACAGACCAAAACCAACUGAUUAGAGCAAUGGCCUUAAGAGUAAUGUCUGGUAUUCGAGUGCCCGUAAUAAGUCCUAUAGUUUUAUUAGCAAUUAAGAAAUGUGUGACUGAUUUAUCAGCUUAUGUGAGAAAAACUGCAGCCCACGCAAUUCCAAAAUGUUAUAGCUUAGAUCCUACUCAGAAAGAUGCCUUGGUUGACAUAAUUACUACCCUUCUGAAGGACAAUUCUUCUUUUACAAUUGGAAGCGUCAUAAUGGCCUUUGAUGAAGUUUGUCCCCAUAGAUUUGAUCUAAUACAUCCUCAUUUCCGAAAAUUAUGUCGGAUGUUGAUCGAUGCCGAUGAGUGGGGGCAGAUCGCCAUCAUGGGGUUGUUGUUGAGAUACGCGAGAACUCAAUUUUUGAAUCCAAACCCUAAAGGACCACGUGUGUCUAAAAAGAAAAAGUCGAGGGCUUUUUAUUCUGAUGAUGAGGAUUCAGAUAAGUCGAAUGAUUCCCUUGAAAAUUCAUUUAUUCUUGAUCCAGAUCAUGAAUUACUGUUACGUUCUUGUCUUCCACUUUUGCAAAGUCGGAAUAGUGCUGUGGUCCUUUCGGUUGCUAAGAUUUAUUAUCAUUUGGCCCCAGUUGAAGAAGCAUAUAAAUUGGGUAAACCUCUUGUGAGAUUGCUGCAUAGUCAUCGUGAAAUCCAAUAUGUUUGUCUUUUUGAACCUCAUCUUCAACAAUUUUUUGUCCGUUCAACAGAUCCAACUUUCAUUCGUAACCUUAAAUUGGAAAUUAUGACAUUAAUUGCAACCGAGAAUAAUAUUACGGUUUUGCUUAGAGAAUUACAAGAAUAUGUUAAAAGUCCUAACAAGGAAUUUGCAACUUCUGCGAUUCAAGCCAUUGGUCGAUGUGCAAUUGGCAUGCCAGAUAUGGCAGAAAAUUGUCUUAAUGGAUUAAUGAAACUGUUGUGGAGUAAGAAUGAUGCUGUCGUUGCAGAAUCUGUUGUAGUUAUUAAAAGACUUUUACAAUUAAGGCCUCAAGAUAAUGCAGAUUUAAUAAUACAACUAGCUAGAGCGCUCGAUCAGAUUACUGUUCCAAUGGCUCGAGCUAGUAUAUUUUGGCUUGUUGGUCAAUAUUCUCAAAAUCUUGAAAAGGUGGCCCCUGAUAUACUUAGAAAAGCUGCUAAAUCUUUCAUUAAUGAGGCCGAUGUAGUUAAAUUACAAAUUAUUAAUUUAGGUGCCAAAUUAUAUUCACUUAAUCCAAAAGAUCAAAUCCUUAACUUACUUUUCCAAUAUGUCCUUAACCUUGCACGAUAUGAUCUGAAUUAUGAUAUUAGGGAUCGUGCAAGACUUCUUAGAGGCUUAAUUAUGAUAAUUGGGCAUAAGGAUAUAACAUCUGAUAAUGGAGAAAUCGACGAAGCUCAGCACACUGAUUCAAUCCAAAGUAGUAUUUUGAAGGAGAAUUUAAAGCAAAUUCUUUUAUGUGAAAAAGAAGCACCAUCUGAAGAGAGUCCACGUAGACGAGAUCGUUUUACCAUAGGCUCAAUGGCACUUGUCUUGAAUCACUCUAUACCUGGUUACGAACCAUUACCUGAUUGGCCAACCGAAAUACCCGAUGGCUCAGCGCGGAACAAUUUGGACGAAACAUAUAGCCGAUCGCAAGCUGUGAAAGGAUUCGGAAGUGAUUCUUUUGGUGAUUACGCACCAUCGCCUAUUUAUGAUAAGCCUCUCGUUACAGAUAAACGAAAAGAUGUUUAUGACCUUGACCGUUUUUAUGAAUCGGAAAGUUCUUCUGAUGAUGACAUUACACACGUGAAAGCUUCAGGUUGGAUGGUUACAAAAGUUUUUUGUUUUUAA